AUUAUGAGAAACGUAAACAAUAAAGUUGUUAGUACAUUCAAGACAAAAAAAAAUUGACACUAUGUUUCUAAGAAGAGGUUUACUCUUUUUAUUUAUAAUCUAUUGUUCUGGCAUUAGAUUCGCCGAUUCGAAUAACGUUUUCAAUAGUAUUUGGAGAUUUACAAACAACAAACUUGAAAAGAAUAAACCCGAUCCUAAUAAAUGUUGUACACCUCUUAUUUGGCAAGCAGAUUUUAUUCAAACUGAAGGCUUGGCUAUAGAUUAUGGAAGAACAUCCUCUUCUCAGGCAAACGGUAUCGUUUACAUGAACUCUACUCAACAAAAGUUCGCUGUUAACGCUUCGAUAACAUUAAACGGAGAUAAAGAUGGAGAAAUACAUUUUUUACUGUUGGAUUAUAAGAAUGGCGUUGGUUUUUCUGUAUUGAAUGGAAAAUGCUUUAAAUUACAGAUAACUGAAACAUGGCCUGGAAAUUGUCUACCACCAACUACCAAACUUAUAAAAUCGACAAAAAUUGGACUGGGUAAAAACCUUUUAAAAGGGCAAAUUUGGAAAUCAACCGUCUCAACUUAUACAUCUGAGGAAAGAGUGACAAUAAUAACGGCCAAAGACGGUUCUAAUUGCGUACCUGUAUCGGUAACAAUGUAUGGUAGCGAACUAACUACUAAAGACGGUAGAAUAUUUUAA